AUGGGAAUAACAGGAUCGAGCCAUGUUCGCGCAGGGUUCGAUCCGAGCACCGACAUUCCUGACCUGACGGGACGAGUGGCCAUCGUAACAGGCGCAAAUGCUGGGAUUGGCUUCAACACCGUCUUGCACCUCGCGCGCCGAGGCGCUAAAGUCUACCUCGGCGCGCGGAACGAGGCAAAGGCGAAGGCAGCGCUUUCUAGACUACAACGCGAAGGGCUCGGCCCGCUCAACGGCGAGGUACUGUGGCUGAAGCUGGACUUGAGCGACCCGAGGGAGGCGCGCAAGGCGGCGGAGUGGUUCCUCGAGAAGGAGGAGCGGUUGGAUAUUCUGGGUGACGCCUUAUUACAUCUGAUCUUGGAUAAAUCCGUGCUUAUGCAGAGCCUUCUCCUCCCGCUCAUGCAAGAAACCGCCAAGCUGCCCAGGACGGACGUGCGCAUAGUCAACCUCACGUCUUCUGCCCACAAAUGGCUCGUGAACCCGCGAUUUGACAGCCUCGCGAGCUGGAAUAACACGUUCGCAGACUCGUGGUUCCCCAAGAUGAUGGUGUACGCUUACUCGAAACUCGCCAACGUCCUCUGGACCAAAGAGCUCCAACGGCGCCUCCGCGCCUCAGACUCACCCAUAAUCUGCACCGCCGUUCACCCGGGGCACGUCCUGUCCGAGCGCAACAUGACGCGCGUCUCCGCAUGGCCGCUCGGGUCGUACAUCGUCGGGCUCUCCGCGCUCGCGAACGACACGCCCUUCUUCGGCGCGUACACGAGCGUGUUCGCCGCCGCGUCCCCUAUCGUGAGGGACGAGGCGGGGAAGUGGGAGGGCGGGUACGUCGUGCCGUAUGGGCGGCUGGAGGAGUGCGGGCCCGAGGGCGCGCGGGAGGAUCUAGCGCGGGAGCUUUGGGAGACGACGGAGAAGAUUUUGGACGGGAUUUCGUGA